AUGGCACCGAGAACAGGCAAAAGCGCUCGCGUUUCGCGCUCAUCGCGCGCGGGAAUCAUCUUUCCAGUCGCUCGUAUGCAUCGAUAUUUAAAAUCGGCUCCGUUAGCUACAAAUCGUGUUACGAAAAGUGCGGCAGUUUAUUUAGCCGCAGUUGCCGAGUACCUUGUCGCUGAACUUCUCGAACUGAGUGGCAAUGCCGCCAGAGACAACCGGCGAACUCGAAUUAUCCCACGGCAUGUUUUUCUCGCUGUCGCAACCGAUGAAGAACUGAACAAACUACUUCAUAGUUGCGUCAUUCCUGAGGGUGGUGUUCUUCCAUCUAUCCUUUCGCUUAAGGAUCCGACAAAGACUGGCAGUAAUUCGAACCAAUCGUCCUUCAGUUCAUUGCAGAAUUCUACAGCAGCGGCAACAACGAAAAAAGCUGCGACAAAAGGAAAAACUGCGAAACGUACUACAGCGAAACCGGCGUUGACUAAGGGUGGCUUAGGAAGUUUUACUGUUUUGGGUACUCCGAAAUCCAAAGCGGCUGCACUGAAAGGCACUGCGAUAACAACGCUCUCGGAACGUGUUCUUAAUCGAGGACAAAAGGCAUGCAAUAUUAUUAAUAUUACUGCUGAUGCAAUUGUUCAUCCAACGAACAGUUCACUUAGUCUAGGUGGUGAAGUUGGUCAUGCUUUGGGAGCUGCUGGAGGACGAGAAUUAAAAGAAGCUUUGUCCGAAGCAGCAAAAACGAAAUCAUUAACCCAGACAAGUGAUGUGACUAUCACCGAUGCACCUAAUCUAUCUGCAACACAUUUGAUUCACGUUAAUUCGCCAACAUGGAAUGCAGCAAGUCAAGCCGAGUGUAUUGCUGAUCUUGACAAAGCUGCAUUAAACAUUCUUAACCUUGCCGAAGAACAAGGCCUUACAUCGGUUGCGAUACCGAGCAUUAGUAGUGGAAAUGCUGGAUUUCCAAAACAAACUGCUGCGCAAACAAUUCUUGCUGCAUUAUCGAAAUUUUUUCGUCAAAAUGCAACAACAAAAAUCCAACAGGUUUUCUUUGUUCUCUACGAUGCCGAAAGUGUGAAUGUUUAUACGACUGAACUUCAACGUAUGGUUGAAUAA